AUGGCCGGCUCAGCAAUGGAGGUGGAGGAUUGUGAGGCGAGCGAAACUUUGAUCCUCGCAACCGAGGAGCUACCCAGCUCCCCUGCCGGCCAGCUGGGCCAAGCGCUUUGGCGGCGCCGAGUCCCUCUGGUGCUUGCGCUCCUGAGUGCGCUGGUGGCGCUGACUGGGCUACUGACCCGUACAAAGCCACAGGUCUUGGGAGGCGCAGUGGUGCUGCCACCUUCGGCGGUUGCCGGGGAUGGCACGCUGCCGCUGCUGGGUCUGGCACACGUGAGUGAGGGUGCAGUGGACGUGUUGUGCGUGAUUGACAUCAGUCAGAUGGUGGCGCGAAUCAACCUGAUGGGCCUCAUUAUCCCUGUCGCGAGUGAGGUCUGUGACUACGACCGAAUUCGCCGGCGGGGAGGCGUCGUCGACAAGGAGGCGGAACAGCAUUGUGCCAACUUCAUUUUGCUGAACGUGGUGAACGAUCUGCUCUUCAUCGGCCUUGUGGCAGAUAGUCUGACCCAAUGUGCCCACUCGCUGAACUUGCCUGCCAACUGUGCCGCCAACAUCGCGUCGAUCCUGGGGACCAUGAGUCUGAUCGCGCAAUCGGUCAAUCAGAUGGACUACGUUUGCGUGAAUCGGGACAACAUCACGGAAAAGAUUGACCAGAAGAAGGCAAAGAUUACCAAGGCGAAGCAGGACAUCCAGCGAGAUGUGCAGAAAUUCCUCAUCGAUCACGGCUACAACGUCAAAAAUGUGCUGCCACCCAAUCCGGCGGUCGAAAAGAAUCGGGUGUAUCGGUCGAUUGCUGGGUGCUUUGGCUCCAUUGUGCUCACGAGCACCAUGGUCAUGCGUUUGGCUGUGGUGAUUGCAGACACUGUGGUGCACUGCCCCAAGAAGUAUGGCUUGGAACCCAAGGUCUGCGCCCUGGACAUCCUGGGCAUCCUGGGCCUGCUGGGUGCCUCC